CGCACGGUAGCGUGCCUGAACGUCUGCGCUUCUCACUCUCAGAUCAACAUGAGCAAGUCACACAUUCCAGUAGAGAGAGGCAGAAUAUAUGCGUGUGUGAGAAGGAGUGAGCGGGGAAUCCGGAGAAAUACCUUAAUGGAUUAUUGGAUGGACCUGUUUGUCCUUUACGCAGAAGGAAUCUGAUUUUUGGACAAAAGCAAUGGAUUGAGUUUCAACUUGACCAUUAAUAGACGGGUUCUGUCACCGGUAAGACAGAAAGCCAACAUGGACGCCGGUAGUCUGAUACAACAUAUUGAACGAGAUGAAGAGACCACUUCGUGGCCAUUGUCGAUGACCACUGAGUGGUUGGAGGACGGGAACGAGACGACCUGGAAUCAGUUCCAACAGCCCGACUGGCAGGUGGCUCUCUGGGCUAUAGCGUACUCCCUCAUCAUCCUGGUGUCCAUCACUGGGAACGUCACAGUGAUCUGGAUUAUCCUCGCUCACAGGCGCAUGAGGACUGUGACCAAUUACUUCAUUGUCAACCUGGCUUUCUCUGACGUUUCCAUGGCGAGCUUUAACACCCUUUUUAACUUUGUGUAUGCGCUUCACAAUGACUGGUACUUUGGCUUGGGUUACUGCAGGUUUCAGAACUUCUUCCCCAUCACCGCCAUGUUUUCGUCCAUAUACUCAAUGGCUGCCAUUGCAGUGGACAGGUACAUGGCCAUCAUCCAUCCUCUGAAGCCUCGCCUCUCCUCCACCUCUACAAAGGUGGUGAUUGCCCUGAUAUGGAUUGUGGCAGUAUCACUGGCGUUUCCUCAGUGCUACUACAGUGUGACAAGAUUUUAUUACCCCAGAACUGUGUGUAUGGUUGACUGGCCUGAUGAUUAUGGAGGAACACAUCAACUAAGUUAUCAGUUUGCGGUUAUAUUGCUGAUCUACCUUCUCCCUCUGCUGGUGAUGCUGGUGACAUACACUAUAGUCGGCCGAUCGCUGUGGGGUGGGCACAUCCCUGGAGAGGCGUCAGACCAUUACCAUAGCCAGAUAAAUGCCAAGAGAAAGGUGGUGAAGAUGAUGGUUGUGGUGGUGGUGACGUUUGCCCUAUGCUGGCUGCCCUACCAUGUCUACUUCAUACUGGGAUCAUUUAACAGAGACAUUUAUAAGCAACAUUACAUUCAGCAGGUGUAUCUGGCCAUAUUCUGGCUGGCAAUGAGUUCAACUAUGUACAAUCCUAUUAUUUACUGCUGUCUAAACCAAAGGUUUCGCGCUGGUUUCCGUCAUGCCUUUGCUUGGUGUCCCUUCAUCAAAGUGUCAGAGGAGGACAAGAUGGAACUGCAGUCUCACUAA